AUGAAUUGCCACAAGGCGCCAUCGAAGGCGCCGCGCUACCUCCGCAAGAUGACACCGAGCCAGAUUAUCCUCCACUGUUGCAGCAGGCAGCAAGAAGCCAGCAGUAUCCAUGGUGAGAAGCUUGCGCAUCAGCUGCAAGACUUUAUACUCACAGCAGUACAGGCCGGCUUCCCAGCGUAUCAGCUCGAUCGUUACCUCAAGAUCCUUGUCCAGGACUUGAACAAGCACGUCGCAAUCAGUGAUGAAUUCCUCAACGAUGCACCAUCAACUGCUAAAGGCGCACCUCAAUACACUCGUAAAGUAUCACGUAUAAUCACACCAGGCACGCUUAUCGACGAACACUUCAUGGAUCCCUGGGAGAACAACUACCUUCUCAGUAUCCACGUCGACCCGGAGGUUCUAGUCAAGGAGAAGGCAGUCACAGAGAGCCCAGGAAGUUCGAGUGUUUCCUCAGUCCUCAACCUCCCGCGCACUGAGGUUGGACUCGCUUGGAUCGAUUUGUCCAGCGGCGACUUUCUUACGCAGAGCACUGAUAUCGCAUCGUUGCCGUCGGCAGUAGCCCGGAUCAAACCGCGUGAAAUUGUUCUGGACAGUAUCUUUCAAGAAGCCGGGUAUUCGCGCAUGGUCUCUAUUUUGCAAGAAGAUGGGCACGUUAUCACCUUCCAAGAGCAGUCAGAAAAGCCACUCACUGUGACAGACUGGGUUCCAAUGUUGGAAGAUGUCGUAGAUGAUUUCGACACUAGUAAAUUCUCGCCCAGCGAAAUCGCCGCUGGCGGACCUUUGUUGCAUUACGUCAAGUAUCAGCUUCUCGGUUCUCGAACACGCUUACAAGCUCCUGUAAGACAUCAGGCCGAUGAGCACAUGAGUAUCGAUAAGAACAGUUUGAGAGCGUUGGAAAUACGGAGUACCAUUCGCGACGGUGCUUACGAGGGUAGCCUUCUCCAUUCUUUGAAGAAGACAGUCACCAAGAGCGGUACAAGAUUACUCACUCAGCGUCUAUACCUUGUGGAAGAGAUGAUACAAUACCCACAACUUCGCCAAGACGUUGUUGCUCUACUUGGACGAACCUUUGAUUCCCUGCGUCUGGUAACAAAGUUUACCUAUGGCCGAGGCGACGCUGACGAUUUGAUGGAACUUUCGAAGACAAUAGCGACCACUUCUGACAUUAUUGGCAUACUCCGGGGGCAUGCGGGUUCUCGGAAAGCCGUCCCCGAUGCUACAAACGAGCCCUCGCAGACCCAGCGAAAGCAGUGCAUUGCAGCAUUGGAACGUCGUUUUAGCCUAGAACAGCCUCUCCAACUUGCCCAACGUAUUCACGACGCUAUUGACGAAGAUGGCCUCUCUGAAUACCAUCGAUUGGAAAACGAGGAAGCAAGCGAAAUGUCAGAGUUGGCACAGGACGUGCUAGGACGUGAAGCUGGCGAGGAAGACCUUAAGGCAAUACCAAAGCGCAUUCAGCCUAAGCCACAUGUGAUUGCUGCAAGCUUCAAGAGUGCGACAGACGGAAGAGAAGAUAUUUACAUCAUGAAGCGUGAUGCAAGUCCUACACUGAAACGAUUGCAUGGUACUCUCGACUCGUUCGCGGAGGCGAAGAACACAUUAGAAGAAAGCUUACGGCAAAAGAUGGGUACGGAUACUUUGGCACUCAAAUGGACGCCCAACCUUGCGCAUAUUGCUCAUGUCCGAGGAAAAGACUCGUCUCGCGCCGCUGAACACUAUCCGAAAAGCUUAAGCAGCAGCAAGUCGACGCGCUCCUUCCAGGUCCCCGAGUGGACGCAACUGGGAGCACAAAUCGACGAAACCCGGUUCCGCAUCCGCAGUGAGGAACAACGAGUCCUGGGUCAGUUGCGUGAAGGCGUUGUACGGAAUCUCGUUAAGCUGCGUCGAAAUGCAACUGUCCUCGAUGAGCUUGAUGUAGCCUGUGCUUUCGCCAUGCUCGCGAUUGAGAAGAACUUCGUACGUCCAAUGCUAAGCUCGGAAGCGUCGCAUAAUAUCGUUGGUGGUCGACAUCCAGUAGUAGAGGCAGGUCUAAACGACCAAGGCCGACAAUUCGCACCCAACGAUUGUCUUCUUGGCGAACAGGAGCGGAUCUGGCUCAUUACCGGUCCGAACAUGGCUGGAAAGAGUACCUACCUCCGACAGAACGCGCUCAUAUCCAUUCUCGCCCAGACAGGCUCUUUUGUGCCCGCUGAAUACGCUGAGGUUGGACUGGUUGACAAGAUCUUCAGCCGUGUCGGCUCUGCAGACAAUCUGUACCUGGAUCAAUCAACCUUCAUGGUCGAAAUGUUGGAGACCGCGCAGAUCCUCAAGGAAGCUACCCCGCGGUCAUUUGUGAUCAUGGAUGAAGUGGGUAGAGGCACAACGCCCGAGGACGGCAUUGCUGUCAGCUAUGCAUGUCUACACCACCUGUAUCACGUCAAUCAAUGCCGGACGCUCUUUGCAACGCACUUCCAUGCACUCACUGACAUGACAAAGAGCUUUAAGAAGCUUGGCUGCUAUUGCAAUGAUGUGCUUGAAGAGCCCGAUGGCAAGUUUUCCUAUGUCCAUCGGCUGAGGAAAGGCGUCAAUCGGGAGAGUCAUGCCUUGAAAGUAGCGCGAGUUGCUGGUGAGUCUCUCGACAGGCAGUGUCAAGCUUUUUAA